AUUUUUUCUUUGCUGUAAGCGCCGCUGAUCUCUCUUCCAAUCUCUGUAAAAACUCUCCACGUGAGCACAAAUGGCGAGACUCACCAACAAUAAUCUGUCAGUUGUAGUUGCAUGGAAUAAACAUUAUUGAAAGUACAAUCUAAGUGCUUUCGGACGUUUUCGAGGGGAGAAAUUGGAUUUUAUUUCAACGAGAAGAUCGAAUUUUCCAAGGAUGACGUACAUGAGCUCCUGGGAGGAGUUCGAGAAAGGAGCAGAGCGGUUAUAUCUCCAGGAUCCAGCAAAGGCUCGUUAUUCUAUGAAGUACUGUCACAACAAGGGAGUGUUGUGCCUCAAAUUGACUGACAAUCGAACAGCCUGUUGUUUUUUCGUUGUUUGGAUGCAGUGUUUGCAGUACAAAACAGAAAUAGCCCAAGACCUUAAGAAAAUGGAAAAAUUCAUCGGGAACCUGAUGAGGCACAUGGCGUCCAAGGAUAAUUAAAUAUCCAAUGAGACUUAGGUAUAAUAUAUUUUUAAUAAAAAACAUUCAAACAA